AUGGCCAAUACCUAUGUCACUGCGUCUGAUGGGUGUCGUCUCGCUGAACCCACACAGAGUUACGAUACCUUGCCAGAACAAAUCCAUUAUCAGCUGUGUGGCACCGAUUUCCAAGAACCACCCUAUUGUCGGUAUUCCACUGCUCCGUUCCCUCCAGCUUUACAGUCCCCAUCUUUACAAAGCCAUUUCAACACCUAUGGCUUGGAUCCACAGUACGGUGGCGGCGGAUGGUGUGGACUUGAUGCUUGGGAAUCCAGUCAGUCCACUUACAUGGUUGUUCAGGAUGAUGAAGAUGGAUUCCCUGGGAUGCAAAGGUCCCGACCAACUUGUUCUUUACGCUGGAAGGGGCAAGAUGAGCUCUGUGUGGUCUGUGGUGAUAAGGCAUCAGGAUAUCACUACAAUGCACUCACUUGUGAAGGCUGCAAAGGUUUUUUCCGACGAAGCAUCACCAAAAAUGCAGUUUACAGUUGCAAGAGUGGAGGCCACUGUGAGAUGGAUAUGUACAUGCGCAGGAAAUGCCAAGAGUGCAGACUGAAAAAGUGUAAGGCAGUGGGGAUGUUGGCGGAAUGUUUGCUCACAGAGGUCCAGUGUAAGUCAAAGAGACUUCGCAAGAACUUCAAGCAGAAGGUGGCUCUUCACUCUGACAUCCAAGUGGAAGAUGAAGGAGCAGACAGCAAGCUUGUAUCGUCCACUACCAGAUCUGGAAGAGGGGUUCAGGAAAGCAUGACAUUAACCCAAGAGGAACAUCAUCUUAUGAGUACCAUAGUGACCGCUUAUCAAAAAUUCAUGAUUCCUUUAGGGGAGACAAGCACACUUCUGCAGGAGUUUUCCAACCCUGAACUAAGUUUUCUGAGACUCUCAGAGGAAGCACUCCUACACAUACAUGGGCUGAUGAAUUUUACCAAGGGACUCCCAGGAUUUGAAAACUUAACCAAUGAGGAUCAGACUGCAUUACAGAAGGAGUCGAAAACUGAAGUGAUGUUUCUUCAUGUAGCCCAACUUCAUAGUGGGAAAGCAUCAAUGUCUGGAAGUACUAUGAGGCCAUCAAAGCCCUCAGCUUGUACACUGGAGGUGUGUAAUCAGAGCAGUGAUGACAAUGUUUAUUCUUCGGAGAACUCUUUCAAGGAAGACAGUCCUUCUGCUAUUCUAACUGGUAUUACUAAAGAAUUUAUUGCCUCACUGUCUUACUUCUACAGAAGAAUGAGUGAACUUAAUAUAACGGAUACCGAAUAUGCUCUGCUUACAGCAACAACAGUGCUUUUCUCAGAUCGUCCAUGCCUUAAAAAUAAGCAGCAUGUAGAAAACCUCCAAGAACCAGUUCUACAACUUUUGUUUAAAUAUUCAAAACUGUACCAUCCUGAAGAACCACAGCGUUUCGCUCACCUUAUAGGAAGGCUUACUGAACUGCGAACUCUGAGUCACAGGUACUCAGAAAUCCUCAGCACCUGGAAAACAAAGGACCCCAGACUGGUUCCAUUAUUCUCUGAAAAAUGGAAUUUGUACGCACUUUACUGA